UUCAUUUAGUUGUCAAUUGAAACGCCGCGAAUCACGCGUGUCGUCGAUGUAGCCGCGUAAAUACUAAAUGUUAAAAUAAUUCAACGAAUCUUAUUAUUAAUUCUAUACCACUUUUAUUUAUUUCUUAGAAGAUAUAUAUUUUUUGUAAAAGUUUUCUAUAGUUUUUUUGUUAUUUUGAAAUCGGAACUUUCAAAAGUCUUCUUGAAUUCGUUACGGUCAAGUGGCUGAGGGUGUUAUAUCAUACAAUUUUUAGAUUUUAUUGGUAGUGAACAUGGACCAGAAUAGUAUAACACCUAAUACAUCAAAUCAGCAGUUGGUGAUAAACGGUGACAAUGAUUCCGCUACCGCGCUCCUGCAGGAGAAGCAGACGAGAAGGAGGGAAACCUUGAGUGAUGUUACUUUCAUAGAAUACAUGACUGUAGGAAUCCUGUGCUUCGUCAACCUCAUCAACUAUAUGGACAGAUUUACUAUAGCAGGUGUGCUCAACGACGUCAAGAAAGAGUUCAAUAUCAAAGACGACGAUGCCGGCCUGCUGCAAACGGUCUUCGUGGUGGCGUAUAUGGUGUUCGCGCCAAUAUUCGGUUACCUGGGUGACCGAUAUUCGAGGCGAGCAAUCAUGGUCUUUGGCGUCGCGUUGUGGAGCAUCACGACGUUCGUCGGAUCGUUUAUACCGAAUUUCGCGGCGUUCGCAUUCUUCAGAGGCUUAGUGGGUAUAGGUGAAGCCUCAUACUCAACGAUAGCGCCGACCAUCAUAAGCGACCUCUUCGUCGGAAAUGUGCGCUCCAAGAUGCUCGCAUUUUUCUACUUCGCCAUACCCGUUGGGAGCGGUUUCGGUUACAUCGUGGGGUCCGUAGCAGGGGCGGCGGCGGGUGACUGGCGUUGGGGCCUCCGCGUGACCCCGUUCCUUGGGGCAAUAGCAGUGUUCCUCAUUGCCUUUCUGAUGCAGAACCCGGAAAGGGGACAAGCGGAGGAUAGUAGGAUGAAGCCCACUACGUAUAGCGAUGAUGUCAAGUCGUUGGUUAAGAACCCAUCGUUCAUGCUGUCAACGCUAGCGUUCACGUGCGUGGCGUUCGUCACUGGCGCGCUCGCGUGGUGGGGCCCGCAGUUCAUAUACCUGGGCCUCACGCAGCAGCCCGGCGUCGACAUCACACUAGAGAGGGUGUCGCUGACGUUCGGCGCGGUGACGAUGGUGGCGGGCGCGGCGGGCGUGCCGCUGGGCGCGUGGCUCGGCGCCGCGCUGUCGAAGCGCUUCCCGCGCGCGCACCCCGUCAUCUGCGGCGCGGGGCUGCUGCUCUCCGCGCCGGCCAUGGCGCUGGCCAUCCUGCUCUGCGACGGGUACUACUACGCGCCGUUCGCGCUCAUGUUCGUGGCCGAGACCGCGCUCAACCUCAACUGGGCGAUCGUGGCGGACAUGUCGCUGUAUGUUGUGAUUCCGCCCCGUCGUUCUACUGCGGAAGCGUUCCAGAUUCUUAUUUCACACAUGUUUGGUGAUGCUGGCAGUCCUUACUUGGUUGGUGUGAUAUCGGAAUCCCUGAAACGUGCGCUAUCAGUAGCGGGCGAAGCUCCCAGCGCUAGCGUGCAGUUCCGUUCCCUACAAUACGCACUAUUCGUGACUUGCUUCGUGGAAGUGAUCGGCGGCGUGUUCUUCCUGCUCACCGCUAUGUACAUCGUGCGGGAUAAACUCAAAGUGGACAGGGCUAUCGCUGUUACUUCAAAAAUAGUGUAGAAGCCGAAGCCCAGCACGCCGAACCAUCCCACAGCAACGCGCAAGACGAAGCUAUAGGCGGAGAAUAGGAUAUUUACAGUCGAUUUAGAGCAAAUAGAUCUGUGAGAGCCUAAACUUUCACUAAGCUGCGUUUCAAUAUAAUAUAGAACUGAACAUGUAUGCAUCAUACGUGUCAUACAGUUUGUGUAACAUUGGAACGGGAGAAGACUGAUUAAGUAUGCACAGCGGAUAGUUUGGGUUAUGUAAAGAGUGAUAUAGUUUAGUGAACAAAUUGCGUGUAAGUUAUCCAAAUUGGGCAUCACACUACGGAACAUAUAUUGUGCCUACGCUUAGUUUUUUCCGAAGUCCUGAGGACGCCUCACACCUCAGUUAAGUACAUAUAUUUAUUUGCCAAUGUAUUAUUACCUCAAGCACUUGUUACACAAGAAUAUAAAGGUUUAUUUAUUUUUUGUUUUAUCCUGAUUAUUAUAUGCAAUGUAGAGUAACGGAUCAAUGCAAAAUUUGGUAUUGUAAUGUUGUUGUGUUCAUGCAGUUUAACGGUUUGCAGAUGGCCUUACAGUAAUCUAAGAGCCCACGACGGCCAGACUUUCCUUUCUUUAGGAAAGCUGAAAGUUUCUCUGUAUAUGUCUCCGAUACAGAUAAGAACGACUAGCGAUUAUCAAGUCUGAGUUGUGGUUACUUUGGCAGGAAACAGGUAGUAAAGGUGUAUAAAAU